UGACGCGCCUGUCUUGUCGCGUGUCGAUCACUCGGCAACUUUGCAUCCUUAAUGAUCCGGUGAUCCGCACUGAUCUUGUGACAGUCCAGGCCGCCAAGCCAAGCAGCGACCAGCUGCCGAACAACCUACUCCUCCCACUUGACAUCUCAGACGUGUGCUCCUCUCCCAGCUCUCUGCGCGAAGCGGGCUCGUGUAAUCGCCGCGCGCGGACGCGAACAGCGGAGCCGAUUUGGCGAUCAGCACCGCCCCGCAUUCCGCACUGUCCGCCUGACCACAACCACCAACAUAUAACGUCUGGUUCGCUGUUCACAUCUCAACGUCUUGUACGUCUAUCGCACUGAAACUACCUCGGCGCAUGUGGAACAAACCGGCCCAGGCGAUACAGGGCGCAGUGCAGGACUGGGGACAGUGGGCGUCCUCGUCGCCCCUCGGCAACCAGCAAGGGCAGCAGUCGUGGCAAAACAACGGGCAGCAGCAGUCAUGGCAGCAGAACAACGGGCAGCAGCAGUCGUGGCAGCAACAUAAUGGACAACAGCAGUCUUGGCAGGACAAGGGCCAGCACGGCCAGCACAACCAGCACAACCAGCACAGCCAGCACAACCAGCACAAUCAGCACCAAGGCCAGUCCUCAUGGCAGCCCCAGCACCAACAGCAUAACUCGUGGCAGCAAAACCAGAAUCAGGCGCAGGGGCAUGGGCACGGGCAACACAACCAGCACAAGCCGCAGCACCACAAGCCGCAGCACCAUAAGCCGAACAACUCGGUGAACCUCAAUCCAACAUGGGAGGAGAUGAUGAGCGCCAGCGGGUGGGCUGAGGGACACGAACCCGGACACGGCCAUGGCCAUGGACAGGGGCACAAGCAUUCGCACUCGCACUCGCACUCCCAGUCGCAGACAUGGAGCCACGAGGUGCCGCUGCAGGACGGCUCCAUGCCCCGCUUUCCCGGGCGGUCCGACAAGCUCGUGGACGCGCCGACGGGCCACAGCGUACGAAAGCACUACAUGCAGCACCUGCAGCCUGCGCCGCUGCUCUCGCGCUCGCCCUUCAUCCCGCGCGCGAUGGUCGAGCACCUGAUGCGCAAGAAAAAGGACGCGGCCAUCAGCAUCAAGUACAUGCCUGGCGACGCCAUCUCGAACAUGGAGGGCACCGCCCACACGUUCCUCACGCCGAUCGUCUUUGCGCGCAUGCACGGCGACUACGCGUAUGAAGGAAGCCACACGGUACUCCCGUAUGCGGGGCGCGCCCGCGAGGUGGUGGUGAGCGCGGCAAUCCAGCCCGACUUUGAAGACUGCAACGGGAUGAUGGCGCUCGCGCGGCUCGAGCACCACGCGAUACAAGGCGUGGACUGGCCGCAGUGGGGGCAGAACAUUGCGAGCGCGAGCGAAAAGGCCAACCCCUCUACGCGGGCGAGCUACGACCGCGACGUGCGCGCCCACCUCAUCCACCACCUCGUGAAGCGCCUCCCCGCGCUGCACGAAGUGCACCCGCUGAGCGUGCCGCAAGCCAUCGCGCAGCUCGAAGCCGGCGCGACGCACGGCGCGGUCCGCCUCCCCAAAGCCGUCGUGAGCCUCGACCUCCUGUUCCGCGUGUACGUCGAGGCGCUUGCGAACGAGCUCGGCGCCCUCGAAGCCGUGUGCCCGUCGUACGUGUACACGAGCGACCCGCCGGCAAUUUUCGCUCGCGAAUGCGACGCGACGCUGCUCAAUCGCCUGCAGGCCGCCGCGCUAGCGCACCUCGUCGCCCUCAACCCGGGCCGUCUGAAGAAUAUGCGUAUAUUCGCGUUUAAUGACUACGCCGAUCCGCAGGCCGUCUGGCACUUCCAGAAGGCCCUCCAGGGCACCGGCGUCAAGGUCAUGCGCAAGGCCGACCUCUUCCCGUCUACUAAUGGCGGGUACUACUCCCCGCCGGCGGAGGGGAAGGGCGCGCUCCUCGUGCUCCACAAUAACAGCGAUGCGUUCGGACAGAACAUCGAGACGGAGGGGCCGGGAGGCAGCAUGGACGGCGCGAUCGGGUGCAACUCGAGCGUGGCGGGGAGUGUGCGGCGCGACCGCCACGAUCUCGUCAGUCGCGUGCUCAAGCGCGGCGAGCGGCUGCGUGUGUGGUAGUUUCCGGUUCUCGAAGGCCUCGGACCCAGGAUUUUGUUUCCAGCAUUGAAGUAGUGUCGUCUCUCAUCAGCCUCGUCACGUCGUCAUCAUACACAAUCAAUGGCCACAGUCAAAGUCUCGUCAGUCGCGCCGCUCCUCCGUAAAUCUAGCAAGUACAUGCCUA